UGAGAAUAUAAUAUGAAUAUUCUCGAAAAAGCUAAUUUAGCAUAGCUUCUUUUAUACGGUGUUUUGUUGGUGCAUGUCCUGUCAAAAAUGCUAACUUAGCAUCACACAAAUUGGUAGCAGAGUCUCGCAACUAUGGCCCAAUCUAACAGCGAUUGCAAGCAGCAGCACGUAUAUGUGUUGAUAAGAAUUCAGCUGGAAACAUCACAUGAAAAAUGCCACUGAAGUUGCCGCCCACGAGUAAUGGACCAAUGGACAAAUUUGUCAAGAAAACGACAACCAACCAGAACGGGGAAAGCAGUCAAACUCCCAGUUUACAUCGUGCGGGAGAGCGCUGUGUUAAACAGGCGACCGCUCCAGGGUGUAACCCGCCUCUCACCAAAAGUCAGCAGAGAUCAGCUCCAGUCCCCCGUGACGCUCCGGACACACAGGAACAGGAGCCACAUGCAACCCAUUCUUUUGAGUGGUGCUGGAGUGACAAGAAAGCCACCACUUUUACCUGCAAUAAAGCGGGAACAGUUGAGGACUUGCUGAAGAGAAGUUCACAGUUUCUAGAAAUAGCAGGAAAAAACCACAACAAAGAGCUUGUUAUUGUAAGAGAUGGAAAAGCUAUCAGCUCACACUUUCCGUGCAGCUUAAUUAAAAACGAGCGUCUCAACAUCAAGUAUAUUAAAGCCGUAAGCGAGCUGCAGCAGCCAGUUAGUGGCUCUGUUCAUCGCCAGAGGAAGGGGCUGUCUGGGGAACCCGUGAUGUUUCAUGUUCUGACAAAGGGAGGUAAAAAGGUAGUAAAUAUCAUGAGAAACCGAGCGCUUCAAAAAGACAUUCAAGAAGUUACUGUGUAUGCGUUCAAAGACGAGAAAGUGAAGCACGCGCUGAGAAGAGAUGGUCGUUUUAUCAAAACCUUAUUUAAAAAGAACAUUGCGCUUUCUAACUUGAGCACUGAAGUAACCACUGAAAUGUCCGAUUUCGUUGAUGAUCUUGAUGGUAAACAUUUCAAGAUCAUACUGCUCAAUAAGUCCAAUCCACCAGAGAGUCAGGAAAGUCUUGAAGACGCAUACAUGAUGCAAAAUGAACCUCAGACAUCUGACUGUAAUGGAAAUCCAGAUCCUUCAAAGCGGUCUACCACAACCGAGUCAGUGAACGACAACGUACCAAAAAAGAAACCAAAGCUAGAUGGUAAUAUGGCACCAGGAAACAUGUUGCGUGAAAUACCUAAUUCAAAAAAGAUCCUUUGUCAGCUGUCCUCUCAGUUUCAAGAGUUGGUGAAAGGUGAAAAAACACAGCAAGGGUCUAAGCUUUCUCGCAUCCAGAAUAUUUUUCGUGUGAAGUUUGGAAAGAACGCUCAAACAUGCAGGGAGGUGAAAACUAUGAAGAAGCUGAUGGCUCUCAGUGAUUCUGUGUGUCAGGUGAGAGUAAAUGACACACCAGCAGGGAGUGGGUUUCUCCUGUUUGGCAGGUGCGUCCUCACAAACGCUCAUGUGGUUCAGAACAUCUAUAAUGAGAGUACAGGACAGCUUAAUGAGACGGUCACUGUCCAUUUCUCUUUCGAAAGUCUAAACCAGACGCCGUCAGGAGCCAGCAGUGAAGGAGGUAAAAUACUUCAUCACCCUCUUUUCAGCCUCAGCUGUAAAAAUCAACCUAUGAACCAACCCUUGAAGACCAAAAAUAGUGGACCAAUGGACAAAGCUAUCAAGCCCUGUGAUAAACAGGCGACCGCUCCAGGGUGUAACCCGCCUCUCACCGAAAGUCAGCAGAGCCCCACACUAAACACAGUCUUUGAUGAAAUUACUGUUUUUGCCUACAAAGAUGAGAAAGUGAAGCACGCUCUGAAAAGAAAUGGUCGUUUCCAGGAUGUUGUAUUUACAAAGAUCUGUGCACUUUUAAACAAGAAUAUUGAAGCAAUUACUUCAAUGCACAGCCUCGUUAACAAUCUUGAUGGUAAAUAUUUCAAGAUCAUACUGCUCAAUAAGUCUGACUGUGAUGAAAACCCAGAUCCUUCAAAGUGGUCUACCAUAACUGAGUCAGUGAAUGACAACAUACCACCAAAGCUAGAUGGUAAUAUGGUUUUGGAUAAAAAAUCACAUGAGAUACCAAAUUUCAAAGAGAUGAUGCAUCAGCUGUCUUCUCAGUUUAAAGAUUUGAUAAUAAGUAAAGAACCACAAGAAUCUAAGCUUUCUUGUAUCCAGACUUUUUUCUGUGUGAAGUGUGAGAUACCAAAUUCAGAAGAGAUAAUGCAUCAGCUAUUUUCUCAAUUUUUCCCAGAUUUCAUGAAAAGUAAUAAACCACAACAAUCUAAGCUUUCUUGUAAUCAGAAUAUUUCCCAUGUGGAGUUUGGAAAGAACAGGGAGGUGAAAACAAAUAAGCUGAUGGCUCUCAGUGAUUCUGUGUGUCAGGUGAGAGUAAAUGACAAACCAGCAGGGAGUGGGUUUCUCCUGUUUGGCAGGUAUGUCCUCACAAACGCUCAUGUGGUUCAGAACAUCUAUAAUGAGAGUACAGGACAGCUUAAUGAGACGGUCACUGUCGAUUUUUCUUUCAAAAGUCUAAACCAGAUGCAGUCAGGAGCAGUAGUGAAGGAGGUUGCUGGCUUUGAAUUCGGUCCUGAUGCGUCAGGGCACGAGUGUGACUGGGCUCUGUUGAGACUCGCUGCUGAUCAGAAAUUACCUGGAGCUCUCUUAAAGCACUACGGAUUUCUCCCACAAAGUGGUUUAAUUUAUAUAAUCGGGCAUCCUGACGGCGGUGUGAAAAAGAUAGAUGAGUGCCCAAUAGUGUCAAUUGAAAACCGCAUUUAUGUCGUGGAGAGGCAUUACUAUGAAAAUCCAGCGGGCGUUUUACCGGAAGACAACCGUUACAGUGAGAAUCGAGGGCAUAUUCAGUUGGUGACUAACCAGUUCUUUGAGGACGUGGCAAAAGAUGUCAAUCUUAACCGACAGGCUCUGACCUACAAGUCAUGUUUUUAUUUUGGCUCAUCCGGCUCUCCUGUGUUUGAUGAGCACUGCAACGUUAUCGCAGUGCAUUCGGGCGGAUAUGCUUACCGCAAUGUUAGGGGAGAAAUGCAGAGUGUCAUAGAGUAUGGCCACCCUUUGUCCUUAAUUAUCGAACACAUCAUUGUCCAAAUGGUGGAAAAAGGAAGGUUUGAUGUGUUGAAGGAGUACUUGGCUUGCGAUUAUGCGCGACACCCAAACACGAUGAGCAGUUUAAAGAAACUGGUUGAGAGCAGAAAUCUCACUGCAUUUAAGAAUGCAGUCAACAAUUUACCGUCCACAAGUGACGAGAGUUUGAAGACGUUCUUUGAAUUCUUCUCUCAAACAGAGGCACCUGUCCCAAUGGAGAUUGAUUGAGCGUACACAGGUGGUCAUUUCAGACAUGAUCAACAAAGUCUGUCAUGUCACUUGGCUUGAAAUUAUGCAGAACACCAAAUACAAAAACCAUACUUUUUGUUCAAUAGCUUUAAAAUCCUUGAUAGUUGGUUUAAUAAAUGUCUGAGGUUUUUUUUUUUUGAGUCAAAUAUUGAUAUCAAAAAAUAAAAAUAUUGGAUAAUAUAAUAUUCUGUGAUUGUAUUGAUACCACUGUCUUGCAAAUGUUUUUUGAAAAUAACAAUAUAGAAUUUUUAAAAUAUAUAAAUAAAAAUAACAUGAUUAAAUGUUAUUGUUAGAAAAAGUCAUACAUAACAAAUAGAUUGUUGCAUGGUGGCUUUUUUUAUUCUGUUUAUGCUCCUAGUUUGGGAUUGGAGGUCACCGGCAGCCCAUGUUUUCGGUCUUUGUUUUAUAGUGUUUUUUUGAUUAGGGGGAUGAGUUGGGUCCGACGGCCCAUUGCGUGGCUGGCCAACGAUUCCCCAUCUUUUGUUUGUUUUGGCGGGGUCUCCAACUUCCUCUUUUGGCUUUUGAUUACUUGUUGGUUAAAGUGUUUGCUAAAUAAACUGGCUGUUUUGUUCCGUG